AUGGCUUUAUUUGCCAAUCCACGCAUUUGCGAUACGCAGGGCGGUUUGGUUUUCUUCAAAUUUCCGAAUGAGUUGCGCAACUUAAUCUACAAACACUAUCUUCAGCUCGACGAGGGCUACAAGCUUAAUCCGCAAACCAAUAAGCUUCGAACCGGCAACGACAAACCUAUCUCUCUCGACUUGAUCUACACCUGCAAGCGCGCUGCCUUGGAGAUGCGAGGGUUACCCUUUCAGGAUAAUAUCAUCACCUUCUCCGCGUUCUGCCCUCAGUCGCAACAAGGUCGCUUCAAUGCUGGUCACUUCAGCAACAUGACGCGCAUGAUGGAAUGCGAACUACGGGCACUCUUCCACUACAGUCUUGAUCCCAGCUUCUUCCCCCGUCAAGUGGUUAACGAAGUUUCAGACGCGUAUCCAGCUUUCGCCCCCCUUUUACACGCGAUGAAGGGAGAAGAGUGGCAAAGUUUGGAUAUUCAUCCUCCUUACGGCAUGACUCCGUCGACUUUUCGCAACUUUGUCCGCUUCACUCUAAAUACGAUCAAAUCCCACCGAUGCCUAUUUGACAACCGCAAAUAUGAACAGAUCAUCGAUCGGCGUCGGCAGUGUCUUGAGGAUGGACGUUAUCUCGAGCGGGGAAAUAUUCCACUGAGCCAACUUUUUGGGCUCAGACCUCAGAACUGGACAAUUCCUACCCAAAAAGAUGUCAAUGACAUGACUAUCCUCUCUGACGGGCUCGAGACUUGCGCCGUAUUUUGCGACGAUCUUUACGAUAAGCCCGAGCCGCCCGUGGAUCUAACCAGAUUUUGUUACUCAGCAGUUGUCGGCGCCAUUCAGUUUCUAGAUUCGAUGCCCCCAUCGUCUCGCGCCGAUAUUCGCCGCAUCAACCUCAUAGAAGAUCGACCGUCACUAUCUUACCCGGAAUGCCACGGUUUGGGGUUGAUACGGUUCUGCCAAGAGAAUCCGCUAUUACGCAUCGAGCGUCACGUCUCCUUAUGGGAUACUAUAUUCCAGGGCGAUCCCAUGAGUAUGGAACCUGGAGAGGAGGAGCUGCCCCGGAGGGAGAAGAAGACAGACGAGAUAUCUUAUUCUCUAGCCACCUGGAUGGUAGAGGCCUUGGCUUUACCUGCAGCUGGUAUGCCUCAGGAUGCGUACAAGUUGAUGUUCGUUGGAGGUUCAGAGGGAGACUGGGAGUGUGAGCAAAUCUUCCGCAAGGUCGUCCUACGAGACGCCGCGUGGCAGGAGGCAAGGGACGAAUGCUUCAAACGAGGUAUUCUACCACCGCUCUCUUGGGCGGAGAGGAGGGCUGGAGCCUGGGGAGGGUCUUACGAUGAUGAUGCAUUCACAGGCUCGAACCCCCUUAGUCGUUGCUUUCUAUUCGAAGACUUUCCGCGGGCGGUACAUGAACUUCUCAAUGGAAGCUCGCUCACCACCUGUAACUUCAAUCCAGGCGAAGCUUGGAAUCUCGAGAAGAUCAUUGAAAAACGGCGAUCAUGGUCUUUACGCAAGUGGAACCGCAAAUGGUCGCGGGGGAAACAGUCGUACAGAAGAGGCCUCGGCCCUCACGACGCCUCAGAUUGA